UUCUCUCACCACUCUCUCCAUCUACUUUCUUUCCCAUUUUAUUCCAUUUUUCUCUCUCAUUAUCAGAAUUGUUAAAACCAAUAGUUUAUUUGCAGCGAUCUCCACUUUCUUCUCCAGUAUUCUUUCUCUCUCAUACCCAUUUCUCACUCCAAAAAAAUCCCCUGUUUCCGCCAUUGUUGUCUUCCACCAUUUUUCUUCCAUCUCCUUGCUCCAAACAUCGCAUAUUUUGAAUCCCACUUCAAUUAAUUCAUAUUAAACCAUACCCAUUUUUUCAAUUCCAUUACAUCAACCAAUUUUUUUUGGUAAAACAGAGCAUUUCAAUGGAGCUGGUCUGCCAUUUCCGACAUUCUUGUCUCUUCUUGUCGAGCCUGGUUUUGCUUCUUCUUUUCAAAGAGGUUUCUUGUGCUACAUUUAUGUUCGUUAACAAGUGCGAUUUCACUGUCUGGCCGGGAAUUCUCGCCAGCGCCGGCAGCCCCAAAUUGGAAACCACGGGUUUCGAGCUGAAAGAAGGAAAUUCUCGCUCUUUAGAAGCUCCGACAGGAUGGUCCGGUCGGUUUUGGGGCCGUACCGGCUGCGAUUUUGACGGCUCCGGCCGUGGCAGCUGCAACACUGGCGACUGCGGCUCUGGUGAGAUGGAGUGCAACGGCGCAGGUGCCACGCCGCCGGCCACCUUAGCUGAAUUCACUCUCGGCUCCGGCUCUCAGGAUUUUUACGACGUCAGCCUGGUUGAUGGCUAUAAUUUGCCGAUGAUCGUCGAGGGAACUGGCGGGUCAGGCACGUGUGCGACGACCGGCUGCAUUACAAACGUGAACCAGCUCUGCCCAGUGGAAUUGAAGGCAGAAGGCGGCGGCGCGUGCAAAAGCGCUUGUGAGGCAUUUGCCACGCCGGAAUACUGUUGCAGCGGCGCGUAUAACUCCCCAGCGACUUGCCGACCGUCAAUAUACUCACUAAUGUUCAAAUCCGCGUGCCCCAGAUCAUACAGUUACGCCUAUGACGAUGCCACGAGCACAUUCACUUGUAGAGGAGCUGAUUACACCAUCACAUUUUGCCCUUCUACUCCAAGUCGAAAAUCUUCGAGAGAUUCGCCACCGAUGGUACCAGAACCGACAACAGAGCAAUCUGGGUCAGAACCAAUAACUGGGUCGGGAUUGGAAUCGGGAUCGGACUCGAUACAAGGAGCAGCUUUGAGUAAUUCUUGGCUUGCAGAUAUGGCAAUAGGGAAUUCCUCCAUGACUACGAAAUCAAGCUUGACAUUUCAAUCUUUGACAAUUUUGAUAUCGAUUUUAUUGCUCGUUCUCUCGAGAUGAAGGGAUAAGAAAGGGGAUUAAUUGAACCAUUUAGAUGAAUAAUGUAGGAUACUUUAUUAUAUUAAUUUGUGUGAAAAAAUUGAAGGCAAAAAGAUGAUGCCUUUUCAUAUACAGAUGGAGUAAUAAAGAAAUCAAUAAAUAGGCACUUUGAUUUGGCUU